AAAGAGCGGUGGGAAAACUUCUUGCCAGCUUAUUUUAUCACCGUUGAAUAACAGAAUGACAGAUUUCCGGGACAUUGUGCAUCAUUUGCCGGUGUCAAUUUGCGAGAGGUUCCCAGGAAUUACGGGAGAGAUUUCAUAUUUCAAGCUGUUGCUGUAACCGCUGUUCGGUUACACGAGCCACAGCAGCCGGUGUCAGACCACAGUGCUGCGGUAUUGAUGCUCCCGGACUCGGCUGGGCUGAAGCACGGGCGAUCGCAGACACCGUAGUCCAGGACGGCUAUUCGUAAAUCCCCCCGCCCGACGCCGGUCCACGGCAGCUUCCGAAUCCGAGCAGACGGCUGGAAUCGGGCGAAGCGGCGUGGCGUGGCGUGCCGGAGUGGGCGGGCUCCGGGGAGACCUCUGAACCCGAGGACAUCCGCCAGUCUCCUCCCUUCGUCGCUCUCCCCGCGUUCAUCAUGGCGCCUCCGUCGGUCUUCCUGCGGUGUGGAUUUUACUUCCAAAGACGGAAACUGGGUCUCUUGCUGCGACAGACGAGCUCGUAUCACGCCGUGAGACACGCCGACGAGAAGAGAGGCCAGACCCCGCAUAAAAACCAGAAGGCCUUCCAGUUCAGCCCCGGAUUGAGGACAGCGGUGUGGGCAAACGGACGGACCGGACACAGACGCAUCCUAGAACCCGUGAAGGACCUGACUCUAUGGCAGGCAGUGGACAAGCGGACAUGCUGGCAUGGUCAUGCAGGUGGAGGCCUCAGCGCGGAUCCCAAGAACGUGCUGAAGGAGGUGAAUUCCAGGCAGAUCCUAGCAGCCAUGCUGUCAUACGUCUGGCCCAAGGACAGACCAGACCUGCGGGCUCGUGUAGCCGUCUCCCUGGGCCUGCUGGCUGGAGCGAAGGUGACCAACGUCAUGGUGCCCUUCAUGUUUAAAUAUGCGGUGGACGGCCUCAACCAGAUGUCAGGAAACGUGCUGAACCUGAGCGAGGCACCAAACACAGUGGCAACCAUGGCAACGGCCGUGCUCAUUGGCUACGGUGCGUCAAGAGCUGGUGCCGCCUUCUUCAACGAGCUCAGGAACGCCGUCUUCGGGAAGGUAGCCCAGAGCUCCAUCCGGAGGAUUGCCAAGAAUGUCUUCCUGCACCUCCACAACCUGGACUUAAACUUUCACCUGAGCCGCCAGACGGGGGCGCUGUCCAAGGCCAUUGACAGGGGGACACGGGGCAUCAGCUUCGUGUUGAGUGCCUUGGUCUUCAACCUGGGGCCCACGGUCUUUGAAAUGGCCCUCGUCAGUGGUAUAUUGUAUUACAAGUGUGGAGGCCAGUUUGCAUUGGUGACGUUGGGGACGCUGUCUGCGUACACGGCCUUCACCAUCGCGUUCACACAGUGGAGAACCCGCUUCAGGAUAGAAAUGAACAAAGCGGACAACGAGGCCGGAAACGCAGCCAUCGACUCCCUCCUGAAUUAUGAGACUGUGAAGUAUUUCAACAAUGAGAAGUAUGAAGCCGAGCGCUACGAUGGCUUCCUGAAGACGUACGAGUCCGCCUCCCUGAAGACCACCUCCACACUGGCCAUGCUCAACUUUGGGCAGAACGUCAUCUUCAGCGUGGGCCUGACCUCCAUCAUGGUGCUGGCCAGCGAAGGCAUCUUGGCGGGGACCAUGACCGUGGGCGACCUGGUGAUGGUCAACGGGCUGCUCUUCCAGCUCUCCAUGCCUUUGAACUUCCUGGGCACGGUGUACCGGGAGACCCGGCAGGCCCUCAUCGACAUGAACACACUCUUCACCUUGCUCAGCGUCGACACCAAGAUCAAGGACAAGGAGCUGGCCCCCCCGUUGUUGGUGACACCCCGGGAGGCCACCAUCCGCUUCGAGGACGUGCACUUCGAGUACCUGGAAGGCCAGAAGGUGCUCGACGGGGUGUCUUUUGAAGUGCCCGCGGGAAAGAAGGUGGCCAUCGUUGGAGGCAGCGGCUCAGGAAAGAGCACCAUCGUGAGGAUGCUCUUUCGCUUCUACGAGCCCCAGCGGGGCAACAUCUACGUGGCAGGUCAGAACAUCCGUGACGUGGGCCUGGAAAGCCUGAGGAAGGCCGUGGGGGUCGUACCACAGGAUGCCGUCCUGUUCCACAACACUAUCUUCUACAACCUGCAGUACGGCAAUAUUCACGCCUCUGACAACGACGUCUACAAAGUGGCCAAGUUGGCAGGCAUUCACGAGGCCAUCUUAAAAAUGCCCCACGGGUACAACACCCAGGUGGGGGAGAGAGGUCUCAAACUGUCAGGCGGAGAGAAGCAGCGCGUGGCCAUCGCACGGGCCAUCCUGAAGAACCCGCCUAUCCUACUGUACGACGAGGCAACGUCCUCGCUGGACUCCAUCACCGAGGAGAACAUUCUGAGCGCCAUGAAGGAGAUGGUGAAGGACAGGACCUCCAUCUUCAUUGCUCACAGAUUGUCCACCAUUGUGGACGCCGACGAGAUUAUUGUCCUGAAUCAGGGUAAGAUAGCAGAGCAGGGCACCCACCAGGAGCUGCUGAACAGGCCGGGCAGCCUGUAUUCGGACCUGUGGAACACGCAGAACAGCCGGAUCCUAAACAGCAAGGGGGAGGCGGAGCUAAAGGAGGAGCGCCUGUCCAGGAAAGAGGAGGAGAGGAAGAAGCUACAGGAGGAGAUUCUCAACAGUGUCAAGGGCUGUGGGAACUGCUCCUGCUGAGGGGCCUACUGACGUGUGACCCCUGACCUCUGACCUCUGACUGCAGAUGGCCAUCCAGUUAGAUACUCUUCUGGGGCUUUGCUGGCACAGGGGAACUCAUUCCAUCUCCUCCUCCUCCUCACCGCCCUCCCCGACUCCUCGUACUCACUCUAAUACCAGUAUCCACCCGCACGCGGUUCUGGAGAUGCAGCUCAUUAAAGUGGGAAACUCAAGAGAAUGCCACUUUUUGACAGCUUUCUGUUUAUAUAUAAAAAAAAAAAACACACACACACACAAAAACUGUUUGCUGGUUCUCUCACCGACCGAAAUCGAGCCUUUAACCUCCGGUGUUGACAUGUGAGAGACUCACUUCAGGUCAAAAAAGAUGCAAAUUUAGCUUGAAGGUAUUUUUAACCGCAAAGGGUGGCCGUGUUUAAUCACCACUCUACGGUCCCAAAUCACCUUCAAUGGACAGCACUCAUACUGUUCUUUUCAAAUGAUUGUCUUUCUCCUUUGUAUUCGGGAACUCUUUUGAAAGCUGUUUUUAUUAAGUUUGUGUACAUAUCAUAAGAUUGAACCCAUAGGAUUCUGACAUAAAAAGACAUAAAGAGGUGUU